UCCUUUCAACUACACCGGGCGCAGGAGAGCGCGUGUCACUUCAUAGCUUCAUUCUGCAGCCAAUGUGUCCUGAACCAAAGAAGCGCCAGCAAAGCUCCGGCACCGUUCAUCCUGCUUCACAGCCCUGCGGACGAUUGAGGAGCAAACGGCUCAGACAGGAUGCAGCGUUUCAGGGAAGGCGUCCAUAUCCGCGCCAUGAAGGCCAAGAGGAAAGUGGAGGAGAUCUCUAAAGAAGACGUCCAGACGUUCUUCAAGAAGAACGCCUUCGUGCUCUUCACGGUUGGGGCCGUCAUCGUAGGUGUCGUCCUGGGAUUUGCACUGCGGCCCUAUAAGAUGAGCUACCGUGAGGUGAAGUACUUCUCCUUCCCUGGGGAGCUGCUGAUGAGGAUGCUGCAGAUGCUGGUUCUGCCGCUGCUGGUUUCCAGCCUAAUAACAGGAAUGGCAGCGUUGGACAGCAAAGCCUCAGGGAAGAUGGGCGUGAGAGCUGUGAUUUAUUACAUGACCACCACCUUCAUCGCCGUGUUCGUCGGCAUCAUCAUCGUUCUCAUCAUCCACCCGGGAAAAGGCUCCAAGGAGGAGUUUGGAAAGCAGCAGACCAUCGAGCAAGUCAGUCCAGCGGACGCCUUCCUGGACCUGAUCAGAAACAUGUUUCCUCCAAACCUGGUCCAAGCGUGCACUCAGCAGUUCAAAACCAAAUACUCCAAGCGGUUGGUCCACGAGGCCGUGACGGUGAACGACACCGCGUCCAACUCCACCAACGGCACCCAGGAGGCGGUGGAGGCGGUGGAGGCGACGCGGGAGGAGGUGAUCCCGGUGCCGGGUCAGGUGACCGGGGUCAACGCCCUGGGCCUGGUGGUGUUCUCCAUGUGCUUCGGCCUGAUCAUCGGCAGCAUGAAGGAGCAGGGCCAGCUGCUGAGGGACUUCUUCGACAGCCUCAACGAAGCCAUCAUGCGCCUGGUGGCCAUCAUCAUGUGGUACGCUCCCAUCGGCAUCCUCUUCCUCAUCGCCGGGAAGAUCGUGGAGAUGGAGGACCUGACCCAGAUGGGGGGCCAGCUGGGCAUGUACACCAUCACCGUCAUCAUCGGCCUGCUGAUCCACGCCGUCCUCAUCCUGCCCACGCUCUACUUCGUCAUCACGCGGCAGAACCCGUUCAUCUUCAUCGCUGGGCUCCUGCAGGCUCUGAUCACGGCUCUGGGAACCUCGUCCAGCUCGGCCACUCUGCCCGUCACCUUCAAAUGUCUGGAAGAAAACAACCGGAUCGACAAGCGGAUCACGCGCUUCGUGCUGCCUGUGGGCGCCACCAUCAACAUGGACGGAACCGCCCUGUACGAGGCCCUGGCGGCCAUCUUCAUCGCUCAGGUCAACAACAUGGAGAUGAACUUUGGUCAGAUCAUCACUAUCAGCAUCACAGCAACCGCAGCCAGUAUCGGAGCAGCUGGGAUCCCUCAGGCCGGCCUGGUCACCAUGGUGAUUGUCCUCACAUCCGUUGGACUCCCCACGGAUGACAUCACGCUCAUCAUUGCAGUCGACUGGUUCCUGGACCGUCUGCGCACCACCACCAAUGUUCUGGGGGACUCCAUCGGAGCGGGGAUCGUGGAGUUCCUGUCUCGACACGAGCUUCGCAGCAGAGACGUGGAGAUGGGAAACUCGGUGCUGGAGGAGAAGGAGCGCAAGAAGCCGUACAAGCUCAUCUCUCAAGACAGCGAUUUUGAAAAUGACAAGCACGCUCACAGUGAGACCAACAUGUAGUUCAAGCGUGUGCCGCGAACAGAGUCCCAGACCCGCCGCUAACGGGUCCACCCGGGUCCAGCCCUUACGAUAAGCGUGUCUGUGUUUUUAUUGGGGCUUUUAGGCACUUUUUGUAUGUUUACUACUUUAUUUAAAAUCCCCCCAUGUGUAGACGCCGCAGAGAAGUGAGGUCCGACUUUAACGGAGCGUGGUUUAAGUCCAGCUCUUCACAGUUAUGAAGUACGUUAUAAUAAGUGUGAGCUCCACUCGUGUGCGAGCCUUCAAAUGUCGAGUGUGUGGCACCGGGUUCAGCAGCAUUUCUCACUCACUAGAUGCGAGAUGGGUGUUUCAUCGUGUAGCUGGUUUUAUUAUAACAUGGAUGAAAUAAACUCGAGUCUCCUGCUGUC